CGAAGCUCUCAAGCCCUUUCGCUUUUUCUCCAACAAAAAUUCGUCGGAAUGCCAGUCGUUAGCGUAGGUUUCAUCGGCUCCGGGCGUCUGGCCGAGCGCGUGGCUCGCGACCUGGUAAAGAACGUGGCGCCGCAGCGCAAAUUCAGCUACAAGAAGCAGCGUCUCGUGUCCACUCUGCUGGCCUCGGACCCGUCCGAGGAGCGGCGUCGCGUCUUCCACCGUCUGGGCUUCACCACCAGUGAGACCAAUCAGGAUGUGCUCGCCGACUGCGACCUCGUAUUUCUGGGCACCAGCGCGCGUGAGGCGUUGGCCACCCACGCCACCAACGCCCACACACUCUACGUGAGUCUCAUGGGCGAUUUACCAGCUCAACAAGUCGAGGAACUCCUGUGUCCGGGUGCUAAAGUGAUCCGUAUGAUGCCCAAGAGUUACCUGGAGAGGGCAGGUGUGCCCAAAGGCGUGUUACCGCCUCGCUCGUGGGCUACAGUCCGUGGCUCACAUGUGAGCGACCAAGACCUGGAGAAGGUGAUGCGGAUCGCUGGAAUCAACAAAUGUGUCGAAGUAGACGAGAACUUGACGUCCUGGUCGUUCCCUCACAAGUCGGAUGGCCAGAGUCUGAUCCAUCGGUUCGUCAGUACUAUGAGCGACCACGCCGUUGCUGCCUCCCAGGCCGUGCACAAACUCGACAACAUCGGUAUUCGACAGGAGACGGUUGAGGUUGUGCCGGACUUUAAAGACACGUACGAUCUAGGUCUUAAACUUGGUUCGGGUAAGUUCUCUACCGUCUUCAAAGCUACACACCGCGAGACAGGUGAGACUGUAGCUGUCAAGUCUAUAAAGGACGACGCUCUGACUCAGGAAGGCUGCGAGGUGUUGAUCGCCGAAGUGGGCGCACUUAACCGUCUGAAACACCCCAACAUCAUCUCCCACUAUGGAUUUUAUAACGAAGACGGCAAAUAUUUGCUAGUACUGGAAUACUGCAACAAAGGCAGUGUCCGAAAGAUGAUCGACGAGCAACAUGUCGUCCCAGAGCAAGUAGCCAAACAGAUUUUAAAGCAGACAUUGUCUGCACUAGAGUAUUGCCACGCUAUGGGCCAAGUGCACCGAGAUGUCAAGGCUGAAAACGUCUUACUCUCCGAGAACGACGACGGCUCGGUGACUGCCAAACUCGCGGACUUUGGUCUGUCGGAGGAGCUGCAGCUGGCUAAUCGUCGUCUCGAAACUAUGUGCGGCACUCCGCAAUAUUUGAGCCCGGAGCUGGUAUCAGGUCGCCUACAUGGCACCCCGGCUGACAUCUGGAGUACAGGCAUUUUUGCCUACAUGAUGCUGACUGGCCUAGUGCCGUUCGAUGAGGCCAAGAACGACGUGGAGCUGUUCAAGCUCAUCAGUCUCGGAGCUGUGUGGUACGAUCAGCCACAGUGGGACUCGGUAUCUCCAGCCGCUAAAAGGUUCGUGCAGAGCAUGUUGGACAUCUCUCCGGAGUCGCGUCCAUCAGCAGCGGAGCUCUUGAAGCAUGAGUGGCUUCAAGACGCUUGA